CCCGCCUGCCCGAACCCGCUCUUCGUGCGGUGGCUGACGGAGUGGAGGGAUGAGGCUGCCGAGAAGGGCAGGAAGACCCAGUUCGUGUAUGAGAGGGCCCUGAGCUCUCUUCGGAGGUACCCGCUGCCCCUGCGCAGUGGGCGUGAGGCUGCGAUUCUACAGCAUUUUGGGGAUGGGAUCUGCCGGAGGCUGGACGAGCAGCUGGAGAAGCACCGAGCUGAGGAGGGUGCAGAGGUGCUCUUUGAAACUGUGGGAGGGGCCAGCCCCUCCAUGGGAGCACAGGAAAGUGACACUCCCCCGAUGACCCUUCUGCCUCACAGGACUCACUUGUGGACCGGGAGCCUCCCGCCAUGGAAGCACCGUCCAGCCCGGGCGUACAUCCCAGCCCCACGCUCUGGGGGCUAUGCUGUGCUGCUAGCCCUCUACAAGGACAGCAUGAGCCCACACAGCCGGGGGUUCCUGACGAAGCCUGAGCUGCAACGGGCAGCUCAGCCGCUGUGUGACAAAUCCUUCACCCUGGGUGACCCGGGAAAUAGGUACACAGCUUGGGCAUCGGUGGGCACCUUGAUCCGCAAAGAGCUGGUGCUGAAAACCAAUGUACCGGCCAGGUUCUCUUUGACAGCGCAGGGGCUGGCGCUAGCCCAGAGGCUUGUGGCUGCAGAGCAGGCUCCGAUUUCAGAGGAUCGAGCCCCAGAAUCUGAGAUCUCCCAGGGUGCCCAACCCCCAGAUCCUGCUGCAGAGGAGACACUAUGCCUGGAGCCCCAGUUGCUCGAUGGCGCCCUGGGAUGUCAGGAGAGGGCAGCGGGUGGCUCUGGAGUGCAGAGACCCCAUGACCCUGAAUUCGUACUGAGACCCGGCCAGUUUGACAUCAUCCUGUGUGUGGAUUUCAUUGAGACCAUGGGAGGCCCUGGGGCUCGAAAGCAGGACCUGCUGGCCGAGCUGCGCCGCAACACCGUGCCCUUCGACGUGCGCAAGCUGCAUGUGGGGGACUUUGUGUGGGUCGCCCGGGAGAAGGGCAUUGCAGGGGUCCUGAGCUUGCCCCAGUCCCACCUCAUCUCUCCCCUCAGAGGCCCUGGGGCUCGAAAGCAGGACCUGCUGGCCGAGCUGCGCCGCAACACCGUGCCCUUCGACGUGCGCAAGCUGCAUGUGGGGGACUUUGUGUGGGUCGCCCGGGAGAAGGUCCAGCCCUGCCCAGGGCAGCUGCACCUGCGCCCAGUGCGGGAGCUAGUCCUGGACUACGUGGUGGAGCGGAAGCGAAUGGCUGACCUGUGUGGGAGCAUCAUCGACAGGCGCUUCCGUGAGCAGAAGUUCCGUCUGCAUCGCUGCGGCCUGCGCCACCCCAUCUACCUGCUGGAGGAAUACGGCUCAGUCCAGCACCUGAGCCUGCCUGAGAGCACCCUGCAGCAGGCAGCCGCCAGCACCCAGGUAGUAGACGGCUUCUUCGUCAAACGCACCCGUGACCUGCGGGAAUCGGCCACAUAUCUGACCAUCAUGACACGUCACCUGAACAGCCUGUAUGGGAACAAGACCCUGGUGAGCUGCACCAAGGAGGAGUCUCAGGACCGCAGCCCCCUGCAGCCCAGCAGCGACUCCUGUACCUUGAUGACCUUCCAGGAGUUUAAUGAGGGAGCUGUCAAGAAUAAGGCUCAGACUGUGCGCGAGGUGUUUGCUCGGCAGCUCAUGCAAGUCAGCGGAGUGAGCGGGGAGAAAGCAGCCGCCAUCUUGGAGAGAUACAACACACCAGCCAGCCUGCUGGCCGCCUACUCUGCCUGCCCUGAUGCUGCGAGCAGGGACAAGCUGUUGAGCACUAUCAAGUGUGGCAAACUGCAGAGGAACCUGGGCCCCGCCCUGAGCAGGACACUCUCCCAGCUGUACUGCAGCCCUGGCCCCCUCUCCUGACAGGAAGCCCCUGUUCCUCACAGGUUCUGCUUUGGACCUAGUGCCCCAUCUGGGUAGCACAGGGGUGCUGUAGCCCUUCGACAGGGAUGUCACUGGGCAGGGAGCCCAACACCAGAAAAUGUGCGUGGGGGGGGGUCAGGUGGGGACUCUGCCUCUGUGAGGUGUAUGUCCAUGAAGCAUGGUGGCCAUGAGGGGAGGGAGGUUUCAGGCAGGGUCUGGAAGGACUGUCUGAGGCAUUCGACCCCAGCACUUGUUUUAAUGAAUCUUUGUAUUUUCCUUGUUCCAAUAAAUUGGGUAGCUCCUUUU